AUGAACCCGCUGUGCUGCAUUGCGCCGGUUUCGAUCGAUCGGGACCGGGCCAGUCCGGUAGCGGCCAAGCAGUCAAGUCAGUGCCAGUUGGGGCCCGAGGCUCCGAUCCGAAACGUGAGUUACGGCUCGAAGCCGAGCUACUCGGCUCAGGUAUCGUCGGCCGGUACCGAAUCGGACAGGGCUUCCGUUACUGCGGGACACGAGGUUGAAGAUACGAUCAGCGAAGCUAGGGAUUCGAAGGUGUUUGGUAUCAAUGGAGGCGUCAGUGGCAGCGUGGCUGGGAUUUUGUACAAGUGGGUGAACUACGGGAAGGGAUGGAGGUCGAGGUGGUUUGUGCUCGAAGACGGUGUGCUUUCGUACUACAAGGUUCACGGACCGGACAAGAUUUUGAUGAGCCCGGUCCGGGAGAAAGGCUUGAGGGUGAUCGGAGAAGACUCGUUGAGGUAUAUGAAGAAGGCUAAUUGGAGUAAUAGUCGGCUUGGCGCGCCGGCGAGGCCUUGCAAGCCUUUCGGCGAAGUCCAUUUGAAGGUCUCUUCAAUUCGUGCCAGCAAGUCAGAUGAUAAAAGGCUUUCCAUAUUCACAGGAACUAAAACUCUUCACUUGCGUUGUGUAUCUAGAGAGGGCAGAGCUGCAUGGAUUGAGGCACUGCUGGGUGCUAAAGAUCUUUUCCCUAGAGUGUUGACAAGCCAUGAUUUAGUACCUUCAGAAGAUAUAGUUGUUUCAACAGAGAAGCUAAGAUUAAGAUUAGCACAGGAGGGUGUUGGUGAGCCGGUGAUCAAAGACUGCGAGUCAAUUAUGCUCUUAGAAGUCUCCGAGCUGCAAAAUCGGUUGAAGACUCUUCAGAGUAAACAUGUGAUGUUGUUAGACACUUUGAGACAAUUGGAGACGGAGAAAAUAGAGCUGGAAACUACAGUAGUAGAUGAAACAAAGGAGCGUGAGUCCUACUGCGGACAGGGGAAUAGGAGAUUUAGUGAUUUCUACUCCGUCUUAUCAGAGGGCAGUGCAAGUGACUCUGACGCAGAUAAUGAAAGUCAAGAUGGAGCAGAUGUUGAAACAGAUGAAGAUGAAGGAACAUAUUUUGAUACGCAUGAUAUGUUGUCUUCAGAUGCUUUAAGGAGUGCUUCCUAUCGGAGUAGGGAAGAUACUCUAAGAAGUGCUUCCCAUCGGAGUAGGGAAGGUUUGGGCAAUGGUUGUUUAUAUGAUAGAGAUUCCUUCUUUUCUGAUCGAUUGCAUGGAGUUGAGGAGAUCCGGACAGUUAAAUAUCCAUAUGUGAAAAGGAGGGAUAAUUUUCCAGAACCAAAGGAGAAAGAGAAACCUGUUGGCUUGUGGUCAAUUAUCAAGGAUAAUAUUGGGAAGGACUUGUCUGGAGUCUGUCUUCCUGUUUAUUUUAAUGAACCCCUCUCUUCGUUACAAAAGUGCUUUGAAGAUCUGGAGUAUUCGAACUUGGUUGAUCGAGCAUUGGAAUGGGGAAAGCAGGGGAAUGAUUUAAUGAGAAUUCUAAACGUUGCAGCUUUUGCUGUUUCUGGCUAUGCAUCAACAGAAGGUCGGCAGUGCAAACCCUUUAAUCCUCUUCUUGGGGAGACCUAUGAAGCUGACUAUCCAGAUAAAGGACUUCGUUUUUUCUCUGAAAAGGUGAGUCACCACCCAAUGGUUGUUGCAUGUCACUGUGAAGGCAGAGGUUGGAAAUUCUGGGCAGACUCCAAUCUCAAGGGCAAGUUUUGGGGGCGUUCUAUUCAGCUUGAUCCUGUGGGUGUCCUUUCCUUGCAGUUUGAGGACGGGGAGACUUUUCAGUGGAGCAAGGUCACUACUUCUAUAUACAAUAUCAUACUAGGAAAAAUUUAUUGUGACCACUAUGGCACCAUGCGCAUCAGUGGAAGUGGCAAUUACUCCUGCAAGCUAAAGUUCAAGGAGCAGUCUAUCAUAGACCGAAAUCCACAUCAGGUUCAUGGAUUUGUUCAAGACAACAGAACUGGAGAGAAAGUAGCAAUGUUGGUGGGCAAGUGGGACGAGGCAAUGUAUUAUGUGCUGGGUGAUCCAACUACAAAACAAAAGGGUUAUGAUCCAAUGACAGAGGCCGUGCUGCUCUGGGAAAGAGAUAACUAUGCUACCAAGACAAGAUACAAUCUCUCUCCUUUUGCAAUAUCUCUGAAUGAAUUAACACCUGGCUUAUUGGAGAAAUUACCUCCAACAGACUCAAGGCUAAGGCCAGAUCAAAGACAUUUGGAGAACGGUGAAUAUGAAUUGGCAAAUGCAGAGAAACUAAGACUAGAACAGCUACAAAGACAGGCGAGGAAGUUGCAAGAGAGAGGUUGGCAGCCAAGAUGGUUUCGAAAAGACGAGGAUGGUUGUUAUAGUUAUGCAGGUGGGUAUUGGGAAACUAGGGAGAAGAAGAAUUGGGAAGGAAUUCCUGAUAUUUUUGGCCAGCCUAGUGAUUUGCCCUCAUGUUCUGGGGAAGAGUAA